AUGGCAGAUGAUACAUAAAAUCCAGCAAUAGUAAUUGAUAAUGGUAGUGGUUUUUGUAAAGUAGGAAUAUCUGGUGACGAUGCUCCUCGUAUAUCAGUUCCCACAAUAAUGGGUCGCCCAAAACAACCAGGUCUGAUGGUAGGAAUGGAUCAAAAAGAUUGUUACAUAGGAGAUGAAGUGAAUUCAAAGACUGAAGUAUUAAAUUUAUCCUACCCAAUUGAUUACGGCCUAGUAAAUAAUUUAUCUGACAUGGAAAAAAUAUGGUAGUAUUGUUCAACCAAAAUAAACGCAUCAUUUGGCGGUGCCCCAAUAUUAAUGACUGAACCUCCCCUUAAUCCAAAGAAGAAUCGCGAAAAUUUAUUAGAAAAGAUGUUCGAGUUUUUCUAAUGCAGUUCUUUUUACUUAGCCAUAUAAUAAGUCCUUGCUUUAUAUGCCUCUGGAAGAACCACAGGAGUAGUUGUAGAUAGUGGAUAUUCGAUUACAAGCACAGUCCCUAUAUAUGAAGGAUUUGCCCUUUCUCAUGCAGUUUAAUAAAUCUAACUUGGAGGAAGAGAUUUAGACGAAUAUUUAAUAAAACUAAUGGAAGAUGCAGGAAAACCGCUAUCAAACAAUGCAGAAACGAAACGCGAUAAUGCACGUGAUACAAAAGAAAAAUGCUGUUAUGUUGUUAGUGAUUUCGAGGCUGAAUUGAAAACUUUUAAUGAUAAAGAUAAUAAUAAGGAAAAAAUAACUCAUAGAAUGCCUGAUGGAAUAGAAAUCUAACUUGGAAGUCAAGUAUUUAAAUGUCCUGAAGUCCUUUUUUAACCCUUAAAGUUAGGAAAAGAAGCAUAAGGUAUUCAUGAAAGUACUUUUAGCUCCAUUAUGAAAUGUGAUAUGGAUAUAAGAAAAGAUCUUUAUGGAAACAUAGUCAUGGCUGGAGGAACUACUAUGUUUAAAGGUAUUGAUGAGAGACUAAAUAAAGAAGUUGUAGCAUUAGCUCCCUCAACGAUGAAAAUUGGAGUAAUUGCUCCGCCAGAAAGAAAAUAUUCAGUUUGGAUGGGUGGAAGUAUUCUUAGUUCUUUGUCUAGUUUUACACCUAUGUUUAUUACUAAAUAGGAAUACGAAGAAUAAGGUUUAAUUAUUAUACACAAAAAAUGUUUCUGA